AUGGCUUUCUGUAUUACAUUUGGCACGCAUGAGUUCUCGUCUAGGCUUGAGGGCUACGAGCAUGUUCGCGCAUACUGUUACAACUGCCAACAUUGGAAUGGGCACUGUGUCACCCGAUGGCCGUUUUUCACGGUUUGCUUUAUUCCAUUGAUUCCUCUCGCUUUCCACAAGUACAAGGAGGUCCAAUGCUACACAUGCCGUUUCACCCAAGACCUACGUGACCGGCCUGACAUCACGCCUGAUACACGACCUCCAGCAGGUAUGCAAUAUGGCAUCCAGCCGCCUCCCCAAGUCCAAGGAGGCUGGCAGCAACAGCCCCCUCUACAGCCUCCGCCUCAAGCGCAAGGUGGACUUGGAUACAAAUGA